AUGUCUUUACGAUCAGGACCUUUGAACCAUGAAAACUUUUACAUAUCUUUUCCUCAUGAGCGGGUUCUCCAGCUCACAAUCAACAGACCGGACAAGCUAAAUUGCAUUGACAAAAAGACCAGUCGAGAAAUCGCCAAGAUCUGGGAGUUAUUCGAUGAAGAUGAAAGCCUAUGGGUUGCCAUAAUCACUGGUGUCGGCCGAGCCUUUUGUACGGGCGCUGAUCUUGGAGAAUGGAACGCAAUGAAUAAGAGCGGUGUUGUCAAUGACAUGUCUGCCCCCGGCUUGGCCGGUCUACCUCGCCGAACCGGGAAGAAACCCAUUAUCGCCGCCGUGAACGGCAUCUGCAUGGGCGGAGGUUUCGAGAUGGUGGCCAAUUGCGAUCUUGUCUUGGCUUCAUCUUCAGCUAUUUUCUCCCUCCCGGAGGUGAAACGGGGAAUUGUGCCAGUCGCCGGAUGCUUGCCGCGGCUAACGCGUACUAUUGGAUUUCAACGUACGAUGGAUCUCGUGCUCACCGGUAGGAACGUGAGCGCCACAACGCUGCAUGAUUGGGGCCUAGUCAGUCGAGUGGUAGACUCACAGGACGAUGUUGUUCGCGCCGCAGUCGAGGUCGCCGAAGUCAUGUGCCAAAAUAGCCCGGACUCGCUCAUCGUUGGUCGUCUAGGUGUUCGGAUGAGCUGGGAAGCCGGCAGUGUGGAGGACACCGUAUCGGACCUAGCGAAUGAGUGGUAUCCUCGAUUGGUGGGCGGUCCCAACUUUGCCGAAGGCAUCCAGGCUUUUGUGGAGAAACGGUCACCGAGAUGGAAGAAUUCAAAGCUGUGA